AUGGCUACUGGCUCGGAUGUGUUACUGGAGCACCUGCUGUUCCAGGUCGCUCUCUCUGGUGAUAUCGGAUUUACCAUCACAGGACUGAGCUCAGCUUUUAUCGAAUUCAACAACAAUAACAAUGCCGUUGAACGAGAUGGUAGCAAAGACGAAGAUAACGGUGACGACCAAGAUCUUCUUUUCUCCUUGAAACCGCCUGGUGCAAGUUUGGAUGCCAAAACUCAAGCCUCGGAUCCACAACACCUCGAAAAGCUCUGGACAUGGCUUACCGACCACCCUGAUAUCACCGUCUCUGACGCUGCCUCUACUAUGGAAGAUCCGUAUGGAAAAUUCGUCGACACUAGCGCAUCAAACCCACUGGCUCCCGUCUUUGCUGCUCAUGCCAAGGAGAGAUUGUACACCACUGAGCACCGAGUAUGGCAUGCCCUUACCGACCAUGAUGUCGACUGGAAGCGAAUUCCAAAACUCGAAUUCCACUGUCUGCAGGUCAUCGCCGCCGCUGGCCGUGAAGGUGUACUCCAACCAGAUGUUACCAGAAUCACAGGACAAGACAAACGUUCAGUGCCAAAGCGCACUGAUGCGCUCGCCGUGAAAGGAUACAUCACCAAGGAGAUGUGCUUGGGUGGUGGCAUCAAGACAAGUCUGCUUCGUCUCAAGAAACUGGUACUCGAGCCGUCCACAACCUUCUACACGAUACAGGCAAAGGCCGGUAAAGGCGAGGGCGCCACUCGCCGUAUGAUCAAUUAUGAGCAGUGGUUCAGCGAAGUCAUGACAACUCUAAAGAAGCACGAUGGUCUCAUUGCAUACGAAGACUUGCGCAAGGAGAUUGGCAUUCAUGGCUCGCGUUGGGAGACUAGAGCACUUCACCGAUGUAUCAAAAGAUUGGAGAAGGCUGGUUGUGUUCAGAGACUCCGCGCUCGUCUGGAAGGCGCACGACCCAGACAGGCAAAGAAACAACAAGAAGGAGCCACCCCAGCAUACGAACACCGAUACGAGAUCAAUCCAGAUGCUCCCACAGAGAAGGUCGACGCCGAGAAGACUGAACAUGACCCAGAGAACGUGUUUUGGGUUCGAUGCAUCAAACUGAUGCGUGAGCCUGUCGAAAAGGAUCUGGAAGCCUUUACGUCUACCAUUAGAGUCGGCAAGGCUGGCAAGGCUGUUGAGGAUCAGGAGUCCGAUGCAGAAGCAGACGCCGACGAAGAUGACGACUAUGUCGAGAUUGAUGCCGCAGCUUUGGAUGGACUGGGCAAGAUGACUGAGAUAACACGACGUGUGCCUCCCCAGUGGCGACCCGACAUGCACCACACGCAAUUCUUCUUCCAAAUCAUCGACAACGCUGGGACUAAAGGGUUGAGUACUAUGGAUCUUGCCAAUUUCGGGCUGGGUCCAUUCUGGCGUCGCCCACUUGAUGAAAUCAUGGGCAGACUCUCAGAUGUCUGGACCGUAUCACAACCUCUUCAUCUUCGUCACCUUGCCAUCGUCAGAGAUACUUCCCAGAUGCAUAGAAUAUCACACUAUGUCUUCCGUAGCUAUCACAACUUCCAGAAGAUGGUAGCCAACGGUGAUGCCAAUUGGCACGCAAUCGACGUUCAAGAGGCAGAGAUACAAAGAAAGCCUGAUCUUGAUGACUGGGGCUUUCCUAAGGUCAAGCCAUCGACUAUGGUUGGUCAUGAUGGCUCACACAAUCUCGCUGCCUGCAAGAGUGUUCUUGUCAAAUCGAAGGCCAAGCCGAAGAGACCUUUGUGGGAGAAGAAAGCUCUCGGUACCACGGAUUCACCCUCAAGCUCGAAGACUCCGAAGACACCCAGAAAGAGGAAUAAGCCUGCUGAGAUUCCUUUGUCAACCGCGCAACCAGUCAAGUCAGUCGAAGACAAAGAAGUGGCUACCCCUGCGACUGCUCAACAAACAACGAUCAAAAAGAAGACAUCCAAAGUCAUGUUCAAGAUGAACCCUAAACGUGUCGAGGCCGAGCUCAAUGAGUGGAAGAUUAGAUCACACAAGCUUGCCGUUUCAAAGGCGAAAGCAGAGCUUGGGUUGAAUGCCAAGAAGGAUACAACCAAGCCCAGAAAGCGUGGCAGGCCUUCGAAGAGCAAGGAAGUUACUUCCGAAACACCCGUUCAGAGUUCUACGGCAGACACGGAGUCUGUGCCGCCUUCAUUGCCAGACGAAGCUGUUUUGCAAGCAUCAGGGGGUGCACCUAACGGCACGCCAUCACUUUCAGACGAGCAGUCCCUCCAGAAAUCCGCACAGCAACUUAGUGAAGAUGCCAUCCCCACUGAGAAGACAACUGUCAACCCAGAGCUGAACAAGCGUGUAGCCGAGCUCGAGUCCGAGAUUCUCAGCUUGACUAAGCCUGGUGUUUACAUCAAUCCUCCAGGAUCUGGACAGGCCAAAAACAACGUGGUUCAGGCGAAGGGCCGACCCUCAAGGUAUCUAAUUGCGGUGUUCAAGUCUGACAGGCUGAAGUCUCUGCCGUGGUUUACCGAAGAAAAUUUCAAUAGUCUUCCUUCAUCACAAGCAGGAACACCCGAGCCAACUUCGGCCAUAUCACAACCCGGCACACCUGCUUCUGAGUCUUCAACGAAUGACAUCGAAGCACCUCCAUCAGCCGACGCUUCGAAGUGGACCGCCGUGAACUCUGGGGCUCCUGAUACCGCGAGCUCUGCGAAAACAAUAGGGCUCAAGGAUGAAAUAGUCAUCAGAAAAGGCAGAAGAAUCCAAGUGCAAAGACAAGGGAAACGAAAGGCCUACGAGCCAUUACGCCAAAAGGUUGCAAAGAAGCUUGCUGUCGAGCAGUCUGCCGACGAUGGCAAGUGGAGGCCAUUAGCCGAGCUUGAGGACGCGUAUAAUGCGCGAGCUAUGGAGUCACCCCCUAACACACCCUCAGUGUUGAGAAGAGCAGUACCUGUCCCGGAAGCAUCAACUUCUCCUGUCUCGCAAUUGUCCCUUGAUGCUCCACCAUCUGUCGCAGGUGUCUCUGAUAUAUCGCCAGAAGCACACACUGCAGCAGAGCUUUUACUUCAGCAGGCUGAUAGUGUGCCUUCUGAACCGGAUGAGGCAUCGGAACAUGCAACCGAAGAACGCCAGGCUUCGACCGGUGCUGUGAACGAUGACCUGGAGAUGGUAGAUGCUGAUAACGCCGAAAACAUCGUGCAGGAGAGCCCUGCAGCAAGCACUCCAGUGAAGGCUGCUGGACGAGAACAAAUGGCAUCAAUCUCACCGCUAAUCGAGUCAGACAAAGUGCAACCUCCCCACGUUACAGAUUCACAAAGGAUCCUGGAACCUUUCUUCCGCAGAGCUUCGAAACGCCCUGACGCGCCAGUCCCUGUGCAAGAGAUUGACGAGGCCGGCUCACCAAGCACGCCUGCUCCAUACAAUCCAUUCGCCAAGAUAGAAGUCAAAUCCGCUGCCACCGCAGCCCGCUUCGCUUCUCGUGCCAAAGCACCUUCCAAAGUUGGUGUUGGUCGUUCUGGAGGUAUUGUCAGCUACAAUCGCAACAGGGUCAUCUUGGAGAUUGUACGUCGCAAUGACGGCAUGUUCGGCGGUGACAGAGAGCUCUACUAUCCUUUUGUUACGGCCUGGGAGAGAGAGUUUCAACGUCGACCUGACCGUCAUACUCUGGACAGAGUUCUUGCUGGGCUGAUUGAAGAGGGCAGGCUGAAGAGAGAGCGUUUUUCAUUCUCCACGUCGGAAGGGAAGAUCUUCACCAAGACACUUGUCAUGGAACCACAUAUCGAUCCAGAGUCACCAGAAGCGACUGCGCUCAAGCAGAAAAUCAUCGAGUGUCAUCCAAUGACAUAUGUUCCUGAGGGUAUCGAAGUCCUGCCCGAGCUCCGUCUUCGUAUAGAAAACGAUCUGAGGGGUGGCAAGGGCAUACCAGAUGUGCACAAUCCUAACAGCUCCUUCAUUUACGACCCCACUGCUGUCGUCACUCGCAUUCAAGGACCUCAGAAGGUUGAGCUCGGUAUGACAGAAGCCCGAAUGAAGAAGGGUGUGACUGCCAGAAGACAUAGACGCGAAGAAGAAGAACGACGCCAACAGAGAUACUUCGAAGCACAGAUGGAAGAGACCAUCGACAAUGCCGUGGCUGCUCUGACAACAGACUUUCAGCUCGACUCUUAUGAACAUGAUCCAACCAGAGCAGUUGUCGACAGAGGUCCGCGCGGCCGAGGAAGACUUGCCAAGUUGCAACGCUGGGGUGCAGAAGAUCAGAUUGUUCCCAGGCGUGCUCUUGGCCUACUCACGACAACUGGAAGAGAUGCUCAACUUGAAGCCGAACAGAACAGCCGUGACGCAGUCGCAGCCGCUGACUUUGGUGUGUUGAAGCCGCAGCUGAUUCCUACUGUUCCCCAGAGAGAGGUACCUACCGCUCCUAGAGUCAGGUUCGAACUUCCGAAAGAGCCUUCUCUCGUACAGAUGCUGCAUCAGAAGCAGGCAGGUACAUUCAGCGUUAUUGACGCUCUGUCGAUGACUGCUCCUUACCAACGAUUCCACCGUCAAUCAGGAACGUACUCAACUGAUCCUGUUGUCAUCACUACAUCGAGUCAGCAAUCACAAUAUGGCUUUGUUGGACAGCAGAUGCAGAUUCCUAGAUCGCUUGCAGAUAUUUUCAAGCAAGCCGGAGAGGAAGCUACUCUGCUCGAGCUACCGACAGAGGCUCCACACGUUGGUUACGAGGUACCACGAUUUGCUGCUGUUGGUGUCACCAGACUUCCAAGGUUGCACUCUGCGAGACCACGUCCAGCACCUAGACCUCAGCCAGAAUACAAGUCUUAUGGUGCCAAGGCGGUUUUGCCACGUUCCAGCAGGACUGGUAUCUUCUCCAUGUCCGAAAAGGAAGAACAACGCCUUAUCUAUGCCGUUGUGGUUGUCAAGACUCUUACCGGAGGCUUGGAACAGAUUGUUAACUGGGGUCUUGUGCACCAAGUCUUCCACUACAAAUUCGAUCCCAACUACUGUCGCCAUCGUUGGGUAUUCCUCAGACCUAAGCUUGGUGGCACGGCAGACAAGCUGCAAGUCGAGUUCCAGAAGUUGUUCCUCGAAGCUUACGAAAGUGGCGAAGUACCUGGCAUCGAUUUCGUGGAACCUGAAAAAUACGACUGGUUGGGCAUUGUUGAGUGGGCCGAAAGACGACUCGCUCAGACAAAUCCGUUGAACGGGCUGCCAGAGCUGCCAAAGAGUCGACAAACUCUCGACAAGCGCUUCGACGUCAGACAUGCUACCGAGGUUUAUAACAUACCGAGAGAAGAUUUCUGGGUUGCUAACGUGACUCAUCUGCGCAGAGAAGAGUUGGCAAACAGUUGGACAUUUGCUCGUCCACUCGCAGGAACUGCUGAGCUCGCUCAAGACGAUGAUGAGCUCAUGCUGGCUUUGUCCUGGGUCCGCGCCAAUGUCAUCACUCCAGAUCCAGUCUACGAUAGCAACCGAGCUCAUGAGAAGCUCAUCAAGAUCGAGGAGCAAUUGCCCCAAGCACUUGACCAUCUGCUGGGAGCCAAGAUUAUUCGUAUGGAGAAUAAAGGCCGCCAAAUCCCUGGACGUAAUUACGACAUUUCUGACUCUGUCUUGACCAUGUUCAAACGUCAAUGGGAUGUUCGCUACCUCAAAAAGACAGCAGCAGCCAAGAAGACUAUUGAUGAAGCGUUUGCCAAAGAUGGAAAGCUUGCUAUCAGCUACCAAGCAUCCGACGCUGAGAUGACUGCUAUGACGAACAUGGUUGCUGCUGGUCGUGCCAAAGUUGUGCCUCUUCUGCCCGAGACCAACCACACCAUGGGUGCUCCUUAUCCUCGCCUCACCAAGUGGGGAUUCACAGAAGGCAACUACAAGACUGUGCAUAUGGACAAGUCACGCCUCAAUUUCCUUCUCGAGCUCCACCCGACAUCUACGUACGUCCACGGUAUACCUAUCGCGCCCAUUCCUGGACCUCCACUCUCGAAGCAAUUCCCCGGUGAGCUUGGCCCUCGCCUUCCUCUGUGGACUGAUAUCCACGGUAAUCUCAUCAAAGUCUACUGGGAGAUGACCGUCAUGGCGACUCUCUGGCUUCUGGCCUUCAGACCAGGUCUCAAGAUCGACGAGAUCAGUAAAGGCGCUUACAAAGGCAAGCUUUGGAACUGGGAGCUGGAGAUGUUUUUGUCGUGGGCUGAGAAUGCUGGAUUGGCCAAGAAGCUGGAGUUCGGUGGUGAUAAUGGUCCUGAGGCAGACGGCUGGGUUGUGUCAGAGUGGUGGUGGUUGGCAUUCGCUACUGAGUAA